UCAACAAGAGACAAAAUAGGUUUGCAGAAAGCUUGGUUAGAAAAAUACAAUCUUAUUUAGGUUUUGGUACGAGAGCCUGUGUUUAACGUGGUUCCUCUAACAUGUAUAAUGACGUGGAAUUUGGGUGUACACAUUUUCUAAUUUAGAGUGUGUUUACCAACUAAUUAUUCAUCAAGAAAAGUUGUCAUACACUGUUUCUUAGUGUAUGAGGACUUCACAGUUGGCGAAAACAAACCAAACGCUAGUAGCUCUAGUCUUAAGUCUGAAAGAUACGUUAGCUAGCUAAAUUAUACAUUUUUGCCGGAGAUAAUAAGGUCAUGUCUUCUGUUCAAUUUGCUAUCUGCUUCCUUCUGAAAUAUAUUUGAGGUGAAGGAUCUCCUUGCUAUGGCUAUCAGUGCCGACUGCCUUUCUAGCUAGCUAACUAAAUGCACUUUAGCCACAUAAAAUUAACAUUUGACUCCGUGUUCUCAAUUAGCAGAAUUCAAAACACUAGUUAGCUUAUGAUGAAUUAAUGCCAAUAGCUACAUUCAGUGUAAUUUUACACUUAAAAAAAUACAAGUUAAAUAUAUAUAUAUAUAUAUUAACUCGGAAUGUCAGCUCAGAACAAAUUCUUAUUUUCAAUGACGGCCUAACAAAAGGCCUCCUGCGAGGACGGGGGCUGUGAUUAAAAAUAUUUAAAUAUAGGACAAAACACACAUGACAAGAGAGACCUAAGGUAACAACAUAGCAAGGCAGCAACACAUGACAACACAACAUGGUAGCAGCACAGAACAUGGCACAAACAUUAUUGGGCACUGACAACAGCAAGAAGGUAGAGACAACAAUACAUCACGCAUGACAUGUGUAGCUAUAUGAUCAUGCUUUAUGUACCACUCACUCAAGUGUUAUCAGAUCAUGGUUGACACCGAGAAAAGAGCAGUGGGCUGUGGUGCCACAUCCACCAUAGACCUCAGUGGAAAGAACAAAGAGAAUGAGAAGAAGAAGUGGUCCCGUGUGAAACAAGUGAUGGCAGAUGUGAAGAAACAGGUGGACGUCUACUUCGGGGAUGUCAACCUUCACAAAGGGGGAGAGCACAGAAAGCCGUAGAGAUGCUAAACAACCCUCCAGAGGACGCCCCCAGGAAGCCUGGCAUCUUUCCCAAGACCAAGAACAGGAAGCCUAUCCCUGAUCCACCCUCCCUGAACACCACACAAGAUGGACGGCAAAGAGGAAGAUAAUAAAUCCAGGGAGAGAGCCAAACAGGAUGCCUCGUCACAGAUGGAGACGACAGUGGGCGGGGGCAAACAGGAAAUAGAAUCUGAGUCUCAACCGUCUGACAGGAAGAGGAAACACACGGCCGAGCUUGCAGAGGGCGUAGCACUUGCGGAGGGCACAGGGAAGCUCCCGUCCAGAAAGCUAGAGAAGAAGAGACGGCGGUCCCAGACAGGGGAGAGCUCAGAAAGUGACACACAGGGAGACAUGCCAUCCAAGCUGAGGAAGACGAGUGAGGAUGACAAGGUGGAGAGCGAUGGGAAAGACCUGCAAGUCAAGGGUGAGGAAGAGGAGGAUAAGAUGGAAGACUACCUACUGAAAGCCAAGAGGACAAGGAAGAAGAAGCACAAGGAGAGGGUGAAGAUCAGGGAAGAGGUUAUUCCUCUCCGGGUUCUCUCCAAGAAAGUCUGGCUGAAGCAGGAGUAUAUGACCCUGCAGAAGAGGAGCAUGGGAGCUCUGAAGACUUGCUUGACCAAGUUCCACCACAAGGGGGCAGGAGGGAAGAUGGAAACCAGUCUGCAACAGACAUCUGAGGAGAGUAAGGCAGGUGAAAAGGAGACUUCCCUCGGGGCUGCAUCAUCUAGAUCACACUCACCAAACCCUUUCCUGGCAGAAAAGUCAUCAAGGCGACCAUGAACAAAGGUACUGGCAGAAGAUCCUGGUGGACCGCCAAGCUAAGCUGAACCGACCCAGGGACAAGAAAAGGGGAACAGAGAAAAUAAGAUUCCCCUCCAUUUUAAUUUAUAUGGAUUAUGUACAAGGAUCUCUAGCAGCACCCAACCAUUUUAAUUUGAGGAGAAACAUUUUGUUAAUGAGCAUGUUCAUUCAUUAUUAUAUGCCUUAAAUUGAUUUUAACAGAGCAAUGUCUCCGUUGUAUCUCUUUCUGCCCCAGCUCAUUUCCAAAGCUGAGAAAAUCAUCAUAGCUAGGGCCAGGAGGCCACUAAACACAUCCGCAUCAUGGAGGACUGAUCAAGACUGUCAAGUUCUACUGUGCGUCCUUUCUUUUCUGAAUCAUUUUCUUCCUUAAGAGUUUGACUGUCGGCCAUUUUGUCAUUUCUACAUAGGAUGAUGUUUUUGUGAAGCUUUGUUUUUCUUUUCAUGAGAAUAGUACAAGCAGAGAGAAGCCAUGGUUUUAAAGGGGAUGUUGUAGUUUUAAAAGGGAUGCACGAUAACCUUCCACUGACUGGAAGGUUUUCAUGUAUGGCGACUGUUUUACAAGCAGAAAGCUGCUACGUUAUUUAAAUUGGGAAUAGGUUCUCUCACUAGUUUUUUGUGUUGCAGAGAGAGGUGCCAAAAUUUCAGUUAUGAAAUGUGAUUGUAUAUACUGUAAAUAUGAUUUCAAAACGUGCCCAGAAAAGCUUUGUUCAAGAACAAUGUGUCGGUAACAUGGCAACGAUAACCUUUUCUUUUUGAUUAAAAAAAAAACUAUUUUCUAAAUAAUAAAUAUACAUUUUGGUGCAUAGUAA